AUGCCGCUCACAGACUACAACCCGUUCGCGAAGCGCGAAGAGUUCACCUCAAGAAAUCUCCUUGCGUACAAGAUCCUCACGAUAGUUAGCUGGCUCCUGCUCGUUAUAUUUGGAGCAGUCUACACAUUCCAGCGUCCUAGCGAUUGCAAACAUCACAGACAUUGUCACACAAUAUGGGGGCAAAACAAUCACCAUCCGACAGGGUUCAGCGUCAAUUCGGUGCUGACAAGCAUCUAUUGGGUCAUUGUCCUCAUCUUGCAGGCGCAUUAUGUUCGAUUCCUAUGGAGUGCGGACAAGGACUACGUGACUAAUGCUGCCAACGUGGGCUCGCACUUCAUCCUGCACAAUCUCUUGACCUUUGGCUUCAUCUUGCUUUGGGUCCGAUCGUACUUCUGGCAGGGCGAGCUCCUUCUCAUUGUCAACCUGUUCAACUUGACAGCUCUCUACUUUGGCCAUCCUACCACCCCUUUGAUCAUCCACAUUCCCAUCGUCUCUGCCCCGUUGGCGUGGAAUUAUGUCGCCAUCUUCUGGGACGGUGCUGUGAUGGUUCCCGGGGCUACCAGGUUACCUGCUCGGAUUGUCGCCAACAUCUUUAUUUGGGGCAUUCUCAUGCUGGGUGCCUUCUUCCUCGCGGUAUUCAAGGACUGGACUAUGGGGUUCGAACUGGCGAUUCUCGCGUUGUCCCUGGCACUGGGUCAACUUGCAACCAAGGUUGUGGCUUUCCAAUGGAUCUUUGCUUUUAUCAUUGCCGGCGUCCUUUUCGUUCUCUCUCUGGCAGUGGGGGCUCCCAAACUCUUUGGAGCAGAUCGUAGCGCUCGACAUGAGGGUGCGAUAGUCAGCGAGGACCGGGAACGGGCCCCUCUUCUGGACGAUCACUGA